AAAAUACCGUGUACCCGUGGACUUGGGGGUUUCUUCGAACAUGAGUUUCACGAUUGUUGGCGAAGAAAGAAAAUAUUCAUGAAGAAAGAUGCGGAGAAACGGGAAUUUUAUGACUGCUAAUAAUAAAGAAAAUUAGGGGAUCUCCAAGUAGCCUUGCACAUAUUUGCAGUAGCCCUGUAUUUCUGAUGCGUUUGGUUGAUUCAGUUCUACGAUAAGAAUUCAUGAAACGUAUAUAAGCUUCCGUUUGCUAGUUGCACGCAUUAGUUCAGAAGGACACGAAACAAUAACGAUGAAGAUUAUUUUUGCGUUGUUCGUCGCUUUGGCGGUGUUGUUUUCCACCAUACUGGCCAAAAAAGUAAUCUGUGACAGGCCAAACGAGGAGUAUCAGUGCGGAUCAGCUUGUCAAACUACUUGCGAGAAUCUAGGUCAACAAUGUCCAGUCAUGAACUUCAGAUGUAACGAUGAUUGUUAUUGCAAAGAUGGCUACGCUAGGAACAGAAGGGGUAUCUGCAUCCCCAUAAAGUAUUGUCCUAAAAAGUGAAGUAAUUCCGGUAGACCAAGUUUCCAUUUGUGAAAUUAUUGAUUUUCGAAUUGUAAUGACGCGAAUAAAUUGAUUAUUUCGAUGAAAAA